UUCCAACGAGGAGAAUCUUAUGAAAGACGUUGGAAUCUUAUAAAAGGAGCGGAUAGGGAUAACCACAUGGCCGGCCCCGCCGCGGGGUGAACACGACGGCCUGACCCGGUUUCCUUCUCUCGCCUUCUCUUUUCUGUAACGCGCAGUAUACGGCGCCGUUGUUUCUCCCCACGGCGGCAUCUCCUGCGUGGCGCCGCCUUCCGGCGAGAGCUGCGACGGCGGCGCACUAGGCGAGUUACUGGACACGAGAGCGAUGGGGGACGGCGCCAGCGGCCGCGGCGGCGGAGGCGGGGCCGGGCGGCGGGUGGGGGAGUACGAGCUGCUGCGACCGAUCGGGUCGGGGGCGUACUCGCAGGUGUGGCUGGGGAGGCACCGGGCGCGGGGCACGGAGGUGGCGGUGAAGGAGAUCGCCAUGGAGCGUCUCAGCAACAAGCUCCGCGAGAGCCUCCUCUCCGAGGUCGACAUCCUCCGUCGCAUCAGACACGAUAACGUCAUUGCACUCCACGAAUCCAUCAAGGACCAUGGGAGCAUAUAUCUCAUAUUGGAGUAUUGUCGAGGUGGUGACUUACAUGCAUACCUUCAACGUCAUAAAAGAGUUUCUGAAAAGGUUGCUAGGCAUUUCAUCCGUCAGUUAGCAUCUGGUCUGCAAAUGCUUCGCGAUAAUAACGUGGUUCACCGAGACCUAAAACCUCAGAACAUUCUUCUUGUUGAAAAUAAUGAAAAUUCUCUGUUGAAGAUCGCUGACUUUGGAUUUGCAAAAUUUUUGCAACCUUUUGCCCUAGCUGAAACUCUUUGUGGUUCGCCACUUUACAUGGCUCCAGAAGUCAUGCAAGCUCAGAAGUAUGAUGCAAAGGCAGAUCUGUGGAGUGUCGGUGUCAUUCUAUAUCAACUUGUUACUGGAAGACCACCUUUUAAUGGGGGCAAUCAGAUCCAGUUGCUUAAAAAUAUACUCAGGACAUGUGAAAUACGCUUCCCAUCUGAUUGUGACUUGAGCCAUGGCUGCAUUGACUUGUGCAGAAAGUUGCUGCGGCUCAAUUCAGUGGAGCGGCUUACAGUUGAAGAAUUUGUGCACCACCCAUUUCUUUCUGAACAUGCUCCAGAGAAGACUUUGAGCCUUACACAAUCUGACAUAAGAGAUGGCUUUCCAAGAAAUAAUAGCAGUCCAACAAGGCAUUCAAACCAUAGUUCACAAGAAGAUUGUAUGCCUUUUCCUUUAGAUGAUGAGUCAAGUGGACAGGACGAGGGUCCAGUUCCUGACAGUAAGAGUCUGAUGAAAUCUUAUGGAUUUCCCAUGGGUAAAAGAUUGGAUAAAACUUCAGGCCAGAAGAGUCCACCGAAACAUAACAGUUUGUUCUCCAGGUAUGUCUUGGGCAAUAAUCAUGCACCUAGUAGCCAACACCAUGGCCAUUCUGGUAAAGUGACCAAGGAAAGCAAGAUUCAUGAAGUACAAGGUCAAAAGGUUGUUUAUCCAGAAGAUCAGGAAUACGUCUUCGUGUCUGGACCACACCUGGAGGGAUCAUCAUCUUCAACAAAUGCCUCUCAGCAGCUUAAUGUACCAGCAAAAUAUGAUAAUUCGUCUGUUUCACCACCAAAGUUAACUUUCAUGAGUGCACCAAUGCCGAUAAAUGGUUUGCCGAUUAAUAGACAACAACUUGCUGGGACUGGUAGCUUUGACAGCCACUGUUCUCCUGCAUCUGGCACUUCACAGGGAUCUGCAGAUAUAAGUGAUGCCAUGGAUCAGCCCCCAUCUGAUUAUCUGACGAGGAUUAGAUUGUUGGAGCAAUAUGCAUCAGCCAUAGCAGGGUUGGUCAGAGAUGAGAUCAAAGGUGGCAGACACUUGGAAGCGUUCUCUAUUCAGCUAAUUGUUCUUGCAACCUGGAAGCAAGCAAUUCAUAUAGGAAAUACCUUUGUAGCUUCACCUGCAAGGGAGAGUCCCUCACAGGAUAUCCCUAUGAAGGGGCAUAUUGCUGGUGCUUCCCAUUUGCCUGCGAACUCAAAGCUAGCUGAUGAUGCCUGCAUGCAGAUAGAGAAACAGUUUCUCUCUGAAGUUGAAUAUGCUGAAGAACUAGCCAGCAUUGUGGGACAGAUAGCUGAUGGUACAGAGAUGCCAGAUGCAAUUGAAAUGAUAUUUCAGUCGGCUUUACUCAUAGGAAGGCGAGGCGGUGUUGAUGAAAUGUUUGGGAAAGCCGCGGAUGCCAUGACUGGGUAUAUGAGGGCGGUAUCCAUGCUGCGGUUUCUCCUGGUCGAGGCACCAUCACUCGCCCUCAACCCCCCUUUGACUCUAACGAGAUCCGAUCGGAAUCGACUGCGCACAUACAUUGACGCUCUCAACACCAGGCUCUGUCAGAUGCAGAGCCAGAGGCAUUGACUGCUGCCAUGCGCCCUCAAAUCUUGUCCAGGUGUUGUACAAUAUUCUUUCAUUUGUAAAUAUAUUUGUUGGCCCAAACUAGGGCAUAUGUAACAUGUCAGAACUGUGGAACUAGGCAGAGCAGCGAAAAUCUAUUGUAAAUAUAUUUGUAGUGUGGAAUUAGGCAGAGUGUACGUGGUAGGUUCAUUCUGUGUCGAUUCAGGCAGAAGCUUGAAAACCGAAUAACCAAUAAUAGUCACGUGUGGAAAUGUAAACAGCUCGGCCUCUACUUCGUAGAUUCUUUAUUAUAUAUUAGUAAAUUAGCUCGAU